AUGACGGACCUCCUCCACAUUCUUCCCUCUUUUCCCCUUUCUGCUUUUGCUGCUCUUAUUCCGACUAUCGAACGACACGCCCUCACAACUACCGAUCUCCUUACUACACACCCGGCAGACUUGGCAAAGCGAACUCAACUGCCAAUAAUCGACUUGAGGCGUUUUCUUGCUGCUAUACAGGCUUCUUUAUCGGACGACCUUGCUUCCAGCAGACCGCUUGCACCACCACCGCCUUCGUCACCGCCGUCCUCAGCUGAAGAGAAGCAGCAACAACAACUACCUAUAUCAACCACCUCCGAUGAGUUUAUCAGCACCCUAGACGAUGGAUUAGAUGAAGCACUCGGAGGCGGCGUGCCCGUCGGCCACAUCACAGAAUUCACCGGUGAGAGUGGGGUGGGCAAAACACAAUUUCUCCUCUCACUGUGUCUAGCCGUACAACUACCCGCUCCCCGUGGUCUGGGCAAGCAAGCUCUCUACAUCUCAACAGAAUCUGGACUCGCAACUAGGCGUCUUGCCCAGAUGCUCGAAGGGAACACAAUCCUACAAGAAGCCAGCGAAGCAGGAACUCCAGCGUCUCUAGAUGGUAUCCACAGCGCCGUCACUCCCGACCUUGAGUCUCAGGACCACAUCUUGGAAUACCAGGUGCCCGUGCUGCUAUCAAGACAUGAUAUAGGUCUCAUGAUCAUCGACUCCGUGGCCGCCAACUAUCGUGCCGAAUUCGAACGCCAGGGCUCCCAUGGCUCUAACAUGGCCACACGCAGCGCUGAGCUCAUCCGACUAGGCGCCCUCCUUCGCGAUCUUGCUCGAAGACACAACAUUGCCAUUGUUGUAGCAAACCAAGUCGCCGACCGCUUCGCAUCCUCCACCACGCCUUCCAUCCCACGCCCGCUCGCCAUGAGAAGCGGCAUGUCGCCAUCUCACCUAGAGAGCCCCCUCGCCUCACGAAGCAUGCCCCCUCCAUUAACCAUACCGAACCUCUCCAGCACACCCACAUCCUCCAUGCCGUUCUCAUUUCCAGACGACGAACAACCCGCCUCUCCUGCCCUUGCGCUAGAUCACCAGCAACGCUGGUUCACCGGCUGGGGCGACGACCCCCGCAGCUCCGGCUCUCUGAAAACCCCGAGUUUGGGGCUCGUCUGGUCUACUCAGAUAUCUUGUCGCGUAGCCCUCUACAAGCGACCUGUGUACGGCCGCCCAACGAGGAUAGCCGCUCCCAUUUCUGCGGACGACGAUGUGGACGUGGGAUCGCCGACGCUCAAGACCUGGAAGAGGUGGAUGAAGGUGGUGUUUGCGCCGCAUGUGGCUGCUUCGGGGCAGGGCAUUGAGAAUGCGACGGAAUACGAGGUGACAAUGACGGGGCUGAAAUCUGUCAAGAAGAUUAAAGCAAAACCAACCGUGGUGAUAUAG